AUUUGGCAGCGGGCUCCUUUUCUGUCGCUGAGGUGGAGUCAGCCAAUGCCCUGCGAGCCUGGAAAAUUUUGCAGGGCAGUUUCACUGGCCGGCCCUGCGGAGCUCUGCCAUUUGAAUUUCAGCACAGACCUCCCCACACUCUGCUCUCCGUUCCUGGCGUCUCUCCCAGCGCGGAGUUUAGCUGAGGCUCGGGUUUAGUUUUCCCUCCUCUCUCUCUCCCUGCAGUGACAGCUUCCCCCGGGCUCCAGCCAGGACUCCCAGCCGCUAUGGAGGAUACCACUUUGCAAAUUAUCGAACCGCCGACCGCCUCCGAGGCCUCUGAAGAACCAGCCACCGAAGAACCCAUCAAAUCGGACCAGAUCAACGGUGUGAUGGUGCUGACCCUUCUGGACAAGAUCAUUGGGGCGGUGGAUCAGAUCCAGUUGACCCAAACCCAGCUGGAGGAGAGACAGCAGGAGAUGGACAGCGCAGUGACCAGCAUCCAGGGCGAGCUGACCAAGCUGACGAAGGCCCACACCACCACCAGCAACACCGUCAACAAGAUGCUGGAGAAGGUGCGCAAGGUGAGCGUCAACGUCAAAACCGUUCGGCAGAACCUGGAGAAGCAAGCUGGGCAGAUUAAGAAGCUGGAGGCCAAUGAAGCGGAGCUCCUGAAACGCAGGAACUUCAAAGUCAUGAUCUACCAGGAUGAAGUGAAGCUCCCGUCAAAACUGAGCAUCAGCAAGUCUCUGAAGGAGGGCGAAAAGGUGGAGAAGGAAGGUGAGGGCGAGGAGGUGCCCGCGGGCGAGGACCAUGCGGAGGAGGACCACGUCCAGCUCUCCUCGGAUGAAGAGGUGGAGAUUGAAGAGAUUAUCGAAGAGUCACGGGCAGAGCGCAUCAAAAGAAGCGGCAUGAAAAGAGUGGAUGACUUUAAGAAGGCAUUCUCAAAGGAGAAGAUGGAGAAGACUAAGCUAAAGACCAAGGAAAACUUGGAGAAGACCCGCCACAACUUGGAGAAGACCCGCCACAACCUGGAGAAGAGGAUGAACAAACUGGGCACCAAGAUUGUGACUAACGAAAGGAGGGAGAAGAUGAAGACCUCUCGGGACAAGCUGAGGAAGUCUUUCACCCCUGACCACACCAUCUACGCCAGGUCCAAGACAGCCGUCUACAAAGUGCCACCCUUCACUUUCCACGUCAAGAAGAUAAGAGAGGGCGAGGUGGAAGUGAAAGCUACGGAGCUGGUGGAGGUGGGUGGAGAGGAGGGAGAGAAUUCGGAUCUGCUGCGUGGGGAGAGCCCUGAGAUGCAGACGCUGCUGGAGAUCACGGAGGAGUCCGACGCGGUACUGGUGGACAAGAGUGACAGCGAGUAGGACAGGCUGCAGCGCGGAAGGGUUGCGGACGACGGCUGAACACGGAAUAUCAUCCCCAUUUCGAGAUCUCUCUCCGCCCUGGUGCCCAGGGGAAGUGUACACAAAUGCAUCUUUUUACUACCCUUGCAGAGCCGACGCCGAUCCCCUCCCUGCCUGCUUGGACAAGGUGUAUUUUCUAUUUUAGUUUUAGCACACCCAGAAACCUUAGGAACACACGGGACUGUUUUUCUUACACUUUUCAAAUCACCCUCGGAGAGCAUUCCUGCCGCUGGCUGCGCCCGGAGCCUUCCCGCACCGGACCUGGAGACGGGGCCCAACCGGAGAGUGCUAAAACCAAGAUAACGGCCGUACACCUGGAAACCUCAAGCCUCCUCCAUUAAGCAAAGACCUGGAGUCAAGAAAGCUUCCUGCCCAGCAAAGCCCCCCCGGCCCACGCCACCCCGGUCCCCGCUGCCAUCCCGGUGGCCACCCGGUCCCCGUUGCCAGCCCGGUGGCCACCCCGGCAGGCAGGAGGAAUGCCAGCAUCCUUCGGGGGAGGGAAGAGCCGAGCGAGUCCUUUCCGUGGGGCUGGUGGCACGGCGGUGGGUCUCUCUGCCCUCCCGAGGAUGGGGUUACCUGGUGUGGCUUCGCCACAAACGUGCCCCGGUCCCGGUACUGCCACCGGUGCCCGUGUGUGCAUCGCACCCCCGGGCUCACCGUUCCCCCCCGUCCCCUCUCCACCCACCGCUGCGCUGGGGCCGUCACCGCGACAGCCCCGGGGCUGCGGCAGGGCCACCCGCUCCCCUGCCUGGGCUACCGGACCCGGCGGCGGCGGAGGGUCGGUGCUGGCCGGGGAGUGCGGGGUCCGGUCACUCGGUGGGUGGCGGGCGGCGAGGCACCGCUCCCUGCCCGGGCUGCGGCCGGUUUCCAGGGGGGUGCGGGAUGCGCCGAGGCCACCGGAGGCUCUUGGCUCCAGAGCGGCCGUGACACCGGCCCGAGCGUUCCCGAGCAUCUGCUUCCCCCCGGGGCGGGGGGGGUCUCCCGGGACCCCGGCUCCUGGCACCUCCCGCGCUUUCCUCCCCGUUCCCCGCUUCCCGCAGCUUCGCCCCCCCCCGUCCCCGCUGCGGGGCAGCCCCCGGGGAUCACGGCCCGGCCCCGGCUCCCCCGGGCAUCACGGAGAGGGGGGACCGGACCGGGCUCAGCCUUUCCCGGGGCUCUCCCGGCGGCGGGGAGCGGCUCCCGCUGAUAUAACCCACAUAUAAACACGCUUUUCCUCUAA